UGCUUCGAGAAGAAUGGGAGGAGGGCUACUCUUCGAACCGUGUCCGCGCUGACUACCAGCUUCUGGUGCGAGGGGACACGGAAAGUGGCCAAACCUUUUUGCACAGGACCAGUCACCACGAAACAGUCGUUCUGUAUCAGGUUUAACAGUUCGAACAUCAACGACAGCAGAUUGGUCCAGUACAUCUGGGAGACCGGCGAGGACAAGUAUCUCAUAAGAAAAUUUCACACGGGGAUCUGGUUUUCAUGCGAGGACAAUGUCAAUAUGACUGGUGAGAACUGCAGAAGUUUCAUUUACGUUGCACCUUCACAUGAAAGAGGCGUGCUGUGGUUGUGUAUUGUGGCAGAGUGUCUGUAUAUUCUCCUCCUGGCCACCGGGGGCAUCCUCAUGUCCGUAGAGGCCUGUCAGUUAGGGAACAUCAUCGACGGCCUCAAACUCAACGCCUUCGCUGCAAUAUUCACUGUCCUGUCAGGUCUGCUGGGCAUGGUGGCCCACAUGAUGUUCACCACAGCCUUCCAGCUGACCGUCAGUCUGGGGCCUGAGGACUGGAAGCCUCAGACAUGGGACUACAGCUGGUCAUACAUCCUGGCAUGGAGCUCGUUCACAGCCUGCAUGGCCUCCUCUGUGACCAUCAUCAACCGCUACACCAAGACCAUCUUGGAGUUCAAACACAAGCGCAGGAACAUUGAGAAGAACCUGAAGAUCAAGCAGAAGCUACUGGAGCUGGACUCUGGGCCCGGCGUUGAGGUAGGCCGUGUGGGCCAUGUGGAACAAGUGUGGGAUAUGUACAUCAGCUCAGUACCCAGUCCAGGAUGCACAGCAGAGGAACUACUGGAUCUCUCCAGUAAUGGGAGGAAGCUGUCCAACGCCUCGGUAUACCUGGACCUCAAUGACCUGCCAGAUCCACAAGGGGAGGAGUACUGCUGAGAAGGGAACCAGGGGACUGAUCAAGGCAUGCACAAAUAAGCAUAUACACACAAAUGCACAUCUUUCCAAACAUGGACAGUACCCCACCCAGGACAGUGUUGGCAGGGGGGUGAGUCUUCCACUGCUGCUUGAAUGUGUUGUGCUCUUACAGUCUUUAAACUGGGUGUUGCUACUGGCACUGAGAAUACCUCAAUGUAGGUUCACUUCAGUUACUGUUUAUUACGCCUUUUAUAACUAUGAGAGGGUUUAUAUUUUACAGUGUUUUCUGUGAGUUGGUUUGACGUGUUCGUCUGUCUGCAUGGACGUGGUCGGAUGUUUGUACAUUUUCCCUUUUGUUUUUACAGAGGACAUGAACGUGUAUCUAUAUUUUUUGUCCUGCAUUCCUCUGUGAUUCAACGUUGAGACCCACCCGUGAGGUGCGUUAAAAGAAUUCCACAGACACAUCUCUCUGCUGGAAUCCUAUCUGUCAUGCACUGCUACCCGAGAGACAGAGAACAUGAUGGAGGAUCAUUGUGAAGACAUUGAUGAGAAAUGGAUAGAUGUGAGAUGAAGGGAGAUAUUUUGUGAACCUAUAAAGUUGAAACCUGUAAUUGUUGAAUGUAGAGAUGGAUAAUGGAUGUUAAAGUUGAAACGUGUAACUACUGAAUGUAGAGACGGGUAAAGGGUUAUAUAGUGUAAACCUGUUUAGCUGUUGAACAAUAGAGAGAGUUAAAAUAUGAUGUAGUGUAAACAUGUACAAAUGUAGAAAUAGAUGACAGUAUAAGGCUAGAGACCAGAGAUUGCUCAGUCUGUGCUGAGUGGCUCUUGUACCAGUCUUUUGAUUAAAUUCAAACAGCAUGCAGAGCACUGAGAAGACAACUCUGUUCCAACAGUAACCAAGGCCAGCUUCUUUUCCCAUUGUUCUUAUUUCUAAUAGGACCCUGGAGACUCCAUUAUGUAGCUACAUAACUGUGCAAACUGCCAAAACUCUGCCAUCAUUAUUUCUGUCUCUUUCUUUCCAUCCGCAGAUGUAUGUAUUUCUUUUAUGACUUCUAUGAGAUAAGGUUUACUUGACAAUUGUAGUGAAUUAUAGAGUGUUGCAGAAAAAAAAUCCUGGUAUUGUAGACUAGAAGUUGAAUGAUCCAACAUCAGACUGAACCAGCUUUAGAGAAGUCAGUCAAGUAUGAAUAACUGCACUAUAAUCAGCGUUGUCGGUGGUAUUAUUUACAUACUAUGAUUUUGAAGUAUGUUUGAAAAAUAUGUUUGAAAAUGCAUUAAUGUACAGACUGAUACUGUAUGUCAAGUGAUUUCGUAUUUAUGUACGUUGAAAUACAUUUAUUGAAGUUAGUCUGUGUUGCUUUCGAUAAGAUACUGUAUUUCAUAGUUUUCCAACCAAGAUAAUUCUUCCUGUUUCCAACAGUGGCGCUGAUAGUUGCAGUAUGAUCUUGUGUUUGUGUGUGUGUGUGUGUGUGUGUGUGCGUGUGUGUGUAUCUGAUUUCUCUUCAGUGAUACAGUAUUCUAUUUCUGUAAAGUGCUAUUUUGGUAACUUUCUGUGUGAAAUGUAUUGCAAUUGUUCACUUAAAUUAUAAGACUUAAAUGUUAAGAUGUACAUAAUAUUCAUAUUUUUUUUAUCAGAGAUAUAAAGGUCUAUUAGGAAGUAUAAAUUGUUUAUUGCCAAAUAGUUGUGUACUAAAAAUGUUCAGUGUUUAUUACAGAAAUACAUUUGAAUACAGAAGCUAUAUGCCUAACCUGUGUGACAACUAUAGUUUAAAGCCAGACCAAACAUUUGCAUAUUUAUGGGGAUUUAGUUUAGAGGGCAUUUUCGAUUUUGAAAUGGGAAUGUUUAAAAAAAAAGAUAUGAGACAGUUUGGGGCAUUUGAUAGAUGGGGAAGGAUUGGGAAGUUCCUCUGAAUGUCCAGUGGGGGGCGGUGGUUCACUUUGUCUGUCGUCAAGACAUUGGGUCACCCUGUUUUAGUAGCUUUGUUUUUCGUAUGUUCCUCUAUCCCUUUCUCAGUCUCUAACUUUGUCCAUCCCUGCUUAUCUUGAUUCCAUGCAACAACAAAAAAACAAUGUCUUAUCCCAUAAUUGCUUCACAAUAUGUCCUAAAAUAGAAACAUUUAAUUGCUUGAUGGACAAUUGUAUUACCGUCUUAAGACAACUGCGUUAGUAGAUGAUAGCAUAAAUGCAUCCAACAAUUUUGUGUUUGAAUUAAAAAGAG